CUCUGGCGGGGGCGACAGCGGCGGCGCGGGCGAACGGUCUGGAGUAAUGACAAACACAUUUGGCCUCGAGUGAAAAAGUCGUCGUUGCCUCGCAUUCCAGCAACUGGGAUUUAAGGAAUUUGGAGCUGCACUCCAAGGGGCCCUCAUUGUGCACGGUGGUCCCCACCCCCCACUGGUCUCCACUCGCCUCCUUCUCAGUGGAAUCGUUUCUGCAAAGCCCGGUGCUCGUUUUUUCUGCUCAGUCCCGGCCGCAAGCAGAAAAGAGUGCAAGCUUCCCCCAAAGUGCUGACCUUCUUGUGAGGAAGUCAGAAACUACCCGAAACGGACAAAGUUGGCUGCUGUUUUCCGGAGCUAUGGGGACUUCCCAUCAGGCCUUCCUGGUCUUCGGCUGUCUCCUCACAGGGCCGGGCCUAAUCCUCUGCCAGCUUUCAUUACCCUCCAUCCUUCCAAAUGAGAAUGAAAAGGUUGUGCAGCUGAAUGCAUCCUUUUCUCUGCGGUGCUUUGGGGAGAGUGAAGUGAGCUGGCAGUACCCCAUGUCUGAAGAAGAGAACCCCAAUGUGGAAAUCAUAGAUGAAGAGAACAACAGUGGCCUUUUUGUGACAGUGCUGGAAGUGGCCAGUGCCUCGGCGGCCCACACUGGCUUGUACACUUGCUAUUACAACCACACUCAGACAGAAGAAAGCGAGAUUGAAGGCAGGCACAUUUACAUCUAUGUGCCAGACCCGGAUGUGGCCUUUGUGCCUCUAGGGAUGACAGAUUAUUUAGUCAUCGUGGAAGAUGAUGAUUCUGCCAUCAUACCCUGCCGUACCACAGACCCGGAGACUCCUGUGAUCUUACGCAACAGUGAGGGACUGGUGCCUGCCUCUUAUGACAGCAAACAGGGCUUCAAUGGGACCUUCAGUGUGGGGCCCUACAUCUGUGAGGCCACCGUAAAAGGGAAGAAGUUCCAGACCAUACCCUUUAACGUUUAUGCUUUGAAAGCAACAUCAGAACUGGAUCUAGAAAUGGAGGCUCUGAAAACUGUGUAUAAGUCAGGAGAAACGAUCGUGGUUACCUGCGCUGUUUUUAACAAUGAGGUGGUCGACCUGCAGUGGACUUACCCUGGAGAAGUGAAAGGCAAAGGAGUCACGAUGCUGGAGGAAAUCAAAGUCCCAUCCAUCAAAUUGGUGUACACAUUGACGGUCCCUGAGGCCACGGUGAAAGACAGUGGAGAUUAUGAAUGUGCUGCCCGCCAGGCCACCAAGGAGGUCAAAGAAAUGAAGAAAGUCACCAUUUCUGUCCAUGAGAAAGGGUUUGUUGAAAUCAAACCCACCUUUGGCCAGCUGGAAGCUGUCAACCUGCAUGAAGUCAGACAUUUUGUGGUGGACGUGCAGGCCUACCCCCCUCCCAGGAUAUCUUGGCUGAAGGACAACCUGACUCUGAUUGAAAAUCUCACUGAGAUCACCACUGAUGUGGAAAAGAUUCAGGAAAUAAGGUAUCGAAGCAAAUUAAAGCUGAUCCGUGCUAAGGAAGAAGAUAGUGGCCAUUAUACUAUAAUAGUUCAAAAUGAAGAUGAUGUGAAGAGCUAUACUUUUGAACUAUUAACUCAAGUUCCAUCCUCUAUUCUGGAUUUGGUCGACGACCAUCAUGGCUCCAGCGGAGGACAGACUGUGAGGUGCACGGCUGAGGGCACACCUCUUCCCGACAUUGAGUGGAUGAUCUGCAAGGAUAUUAAAAAAUGUAAUAAUGAAACGUCAUGGACAGUCUUAGCCAACAAUGUCUCAAAUAUCAUCACGGAGAUCUACCCUCGAGGCAAGAGUACCGUGGAGGGCCGAGUGACAUUUGCCAAAGUAGAGGAGACCAUUGCAGUUCGAUGCCUGGCUAAGAAUCUCCUUGGUUCUGGGAACCGAGAGCUGAAGCUGGUGGCUCCCACCCUGCGUUCUGAGCUUACGGUGGCAGCCGCAGUCCUGGUGCUGUUGGUGAUUGUGAUCAUCUCACUUAUUGUCCUGGUUGUCAUUUGGAAACAGAAACCAAGGUAUGAAAUUCGCUGGAGGGUCAUUGAAUCAAUCAGCCCCGAUGGACAUGAAUAUAUUUAUGUGGACCCGAUGCAGCUACCUUAUGACUCGAGAUGGGAAUUUCCAAGAGAUGGACUAGUGCUUGGUCGCAUCUUGGGAUCUGGUGCAUUUGGGAAAGUGGUUGAAGGAACAGCCUAUGGAUUAAGCCGGUCCCAGCCUGUUAUGAAAGUAGCAGUGAAGAUGCUCAAACCGACUGCCAGGUCCAGUGAAAAACAAGCUCUCAUGUCUGAGCUGAAGAUAAUGACUCACCUGGGGCCACAUUUAAACAUCGUCAACUUGCUGGGAGCCUGUACUAAGUCAGGCCCCAUCUACAUCAUCACUGAGUACUGUUUCUAUGGGGAUCUGGUCAACUAUUUGCAUAAGAAUAGGGAUAGCUUCCUGAGCCGCCACCCAGAGAAGCCAAAGAAAGAGCUGGACAUCUUUGGAUUGAACCCUGCUGAUGAGAGCACACGCAGUUACGUGAUUCUAUCUUUUGAGAACAAUGGUGAUUACAUGGACAUGAAGCAAGCCGACACUACACAGUACGUCCCCAUGUUGGAAAGAAAAGAGGUCUCCAAGUAUUCGGACAUCCAGAGAUCACUGUACGAUCGCCCGGCCUCGUAUAAGAAGAAAUCUAUGUUAGACUCAGAAGUCAAAAACCUCCUUUCAGAUGACAACUCAGAAGGCCUUACUUUGUUGGAUUUGUUGAGCUUCACCUAUCAAGUUGCCCGAGGAAUGGAGUUUUUGGCUUCCAAAAAUUGUGUCCACCGGGAUCUGGCUGCUCGCAAUGUCCUCCUAGCACAAGGGAAGAUUGUGAAGAUCUGUGACUUUGGCCUGGCCAGGGACAUCAUGCACGAUUCCAACUACGUGUCGAAAGGCAGUACCUUCCUUCCUGUGAAGUGGAUGGCUCCCGAGAGCAUCUUUGACAACCUCUACACCACGCUGAGCGAUGUCUGGUCUUAUGGGAUUCUGCUCUGGGAGAUCUUUUCUCUUGGUGGCACACCCUACCCUGGCAUGAUGGUGGAUUCUACCUUCUACAAUAAGAUCAAGAGUGGGUACCGGAUGGCCAAGCCUGACCAUGCCACCAGUGAAGUCUAUGAGAUCAUGGUGCAGUGCUGGAACAGUGAGCCAGAGAAGAGACCCUCCUUCUACCACCUGAGCGAGAUAGUGGAGAAUCUUCUGCCUGGACAAUAUAAAAAGAGUUAUGAAAAAAUUCACCUGGACUUCCUGAAGAGUGACCAUCCCGCUGUGGCACGCAUGCGUGUGGACUCGGACAACGCAUACAUUGGUGUCACCUACAAAAAUGAGGAAGACAAGCUGAAGGACUGGGAAGGUGGCCUGGAUGAGCAGAGACUGAGCGCAGACAGUGGCUACAUCAUCCCUCUGCCUGACAUUGACCCUGUUCCUGAGGAGGAAGACCUGGGCAAGAGGAACAGACACAGCUCACAGACCUCUGAAGAGAGUGCCAUUGAGACAGGUUCCAGCAGCUCCACCUUCAUCAAGAGAGAGGACGAGACCAUUGAGGACAUCGACAUGAUGGAUGACAUUGGCAUAGACUCCUCAGACCUGGUGGAGGACAGCUUCCUGUAACCAGCAGAUUUGGGGUGUACCUUCUACUCCAGGAGCCACUUUCGGGUCCCUCUAAGAAAACCACUUUAUCACAAUGCAACGGUCCAGAGGAGGAUUGGGUGAUGUGUGAAGUUCCCAGCCAAGGGCCUCAGGGAGCCUUCUACAUAGGAACGAAUGGGAUACUUUGAAAUGAACUUUUUCAGCGUUGUCUCUUGCAAUGCUUCAGGAGCAUCUCAGCGGUGUGUGAAGUUUGGAAAUAGGUGGACAAGGGAAUAAUAAGGCCACAGAAGUCGAGCUUUGUGUUUCAAGGGCAUUGGUGAGAUUCCCACAGACAGAAUUCGUACUGCAACAAAACUCUAGCAUUGUAUUUAUGUAAAUAACUCUAACCAAGGAUGUGUUUAGAUUUGUAUUAACUAUCUUCUCUGGACUUCUGAAGAGACCACUCAAUCCAUCCAUGUACUUCUCUCUUGAAACCUGGUUAUCAGCUGCUGUUGAACUUUUUAAUGAAGUGCAUGCAAAACCACUCUUGAACCUUAAAAGGUACUGGUACUAUCACAUUUUACCUUUUUUUUUUUUUCAGCGUUAAAGAGAUAAAAGAUAACGAUUAACCAACCUUGUUUGAUAGAUUUGGGUCCUUUGGAAGCCCAACAACUCAUUUUCGUAUUGUAAUCAAUGUUUAUAAUAAUACUACUGUUACCAGUAAUGCUAAAUGUGUAAUAUGUAACAUGAUUUCCCUACAGAGAAAGCACAAUUAAAAAAAAAAAAAACCUUACUAGGUAGGUGACAAGUUUGACAGUUUCUGACAUUUAUAUUAAAUAACAUGUUUCUCUAUAAAAUAUGAUAAUAGUGUUAGUUGAUUAAAUUUAGUAAGCAUAGAGAGCAAAGUAUAAGUAGUGAUGUCCAGGAAGUCAAAGCUUUUAAUUGUGUACUAAAUAGGUUCCCUAAUCCAUGAUACUAGAAUCAGUUAAUGACCCACAAAGUAAUGGGAUUAGAAAUAAGCAAAACCCCUGAAUCCUCAGUGUGCCCGAUAGAAAGGCAUGAGCCUGUGCCAAUGACUUCUUGUGUCAUGAUCCAGUGGAAUUUACAACAGUCAGCAAGAAGAAAGGAUUUGCAGAGAGACUUCUUUCAUGACCUGUGAUAACUAUGGUGGAUCCCCAAAUCUACAAACCUUAAGAACCAGAAGGAUGCUCUAACAUCAGCGUCUUUCAUUCAUCUCUUUCCCCCAAGAGAGAGUUUAAAACCCUGAGACGAUAAAGGUGUUGUUUCAUGAAGGCUGAGUGUGCAUUAGCCUGACACUAAUUCCCACAUAUGACCGGCAGCUACAAUCACUAGAUUCUAUGUCUCCAUUCCAGAGAUUCUGGAUUCGUUUGAGGGAAGCAGGGACCUCUAUGUUAAUAACUCCCUGGCUAUUCUGAUCAGUCACUUUUCAAAAACACUGGCUUAGGUUGCCAUGGGGAAAAAAAAAUAAUUGGAAAUUUGGAACUGAGCUAAAAGUCAACCAUGUCGGAAGCCUACUAUUUAAGUCCUUUUGGCUUUAGGUCACUGACAUUUAAUGCCAUAUAUCUAGCAAUUGCUGCCCUUAAUUUAACUUUCCUGUCUUAGUUGAGGCUUGGAAAGCUAAAUCUUGGUUUUGGCACAUCUUCUAAAAGUUUGAGACAAAGUAAAGUCACAGCUUCCUACUGCACGGUGGAACCGAUUUGUCCCCCUCAAGGAAAAGGACGCAAAAUACAUGACACAAUUCUGUUUGCAACAUUUCCUGGUCUCUGGACAGAUAGCCAGGUCAAUAUUCUGGUGAAAAAGAUUAAAAAGUUUUCCUAAUAUUUUGGGAUUAGGUGGGAGGAUGGACUGUCACAUCCAUCCAAACUGUCAAAUUGGUUAGUGCGGGUUCAUCGGCAUUCUCCGCAAUGUUCUUAAUUGCCGACACCAAAUGAAUGAAACAUGGGCUGUGAUUACUGCAAUCACUGUAUGUGCUUCCGGCAGGUGAUGCUUUGGAAGAUGUAGCAGCAAUAACGAGGUACUUGACUACCCACUGGUGUCAUCUCAAUGCAAGCCCCAACUUUCUUACCCACCUUUUUCAUAGGAAGUGUGAAGACUGAGCCAGAUUGGCCAAUUAAAAACGAAAACCUGACUAGGUUCCGUGGAGCCAAUUAGACUUGAAAUACAUUUUGUGUGUUUCUAGAAUCACAGCUCAAGCAUUCUGUUUAUCACCCACUCUCCCUUGCACAGCCUUAUUUUGUUGGUGCUUUGCAUUCUGAUGUUACUUUGAGUCUUGCAUGACAUCACCGAGGCUGAACAAAGAUUCUCAGACCAGCCGCUUUCAGUCCUUACAAAUGCUCCCACCUAGGAUGAAAUGGGACUCUUUUUAUUCCCCCUUGCAGUGUUUUCGGUGUGUCUCAGAUUUGCUUCCUUUUGAAUCUCCUGCAAAGUCCCCCUCGAGAAAAAUUGCCAAUCCUUCCUUGCUUUCUAUUUUUAUGAUGACAAUCAAAGCUGACAUGCGAAACACAAUUUGUGACUUUUUUUUUAAAUGAUGGGUAAUAUCCUUAAAAUGUGGUCUGCCAAUCUGUACAAAAUGGUCCUAUUUUUGUGAAGAGGGACAUGAGAUAAAAUGAUGUUAUACAUCGAUAUGUAUAUAUGUAUUUCUAUAUAGACUUGGAGAAUACUGCCAAAACAUUUAUGACAAGCUGUAUCACUGCCUUUGUUUAUAUUUUUUUAACUGUGAUAUUCCCCACAGGCACAUUAACUGUUGCACUUUUGAAUGUCCAAAAUUUAUAUUUUAGAAAUAAUAAAGAGAAAAAAUACUUACAUGUUCCCAAAA